AUAACUCGUGCAGAUAUUCCGUGCUCCACCACAAUUACCUCCUCAGAGCUUUAUUCGAAGACUGCCUCUCACCUUUACUGAAAUUCCUAAGAGAUGCAUCAUGCAUAAUAACAGCGUGCAGUGCAUAUAGCCAUCCUCUCGGAAUUCACUGCACGCCAUGAGUAUUUGUACCUCAUGAUGAGAGCUCCUCACCUCUUCAUCUACGAGUCCAGCCACAGAAAGACGAUUCUUGGAGCAGGCCAGGAGAGAAAAUAGGCAUCUUUUCAAUCAGCUUUUGCUUGGCGUUCUCACCUGUGCCACCAGGGAAAAUAUUUCGAGGGUGCAUUCAAAAACAUUGAUUGGACCGUAAGAAAAAUCAACACUAUGGAAAAGCUAGUUUUCACAAAUCGAGAGUUAAAAGACUCGCACUUCCGGAAUAAUGAGCAAAAAAGUACGUAAUUUAAGAUGUAUGCGUUGCACAUAUUUUGACUGAAUCGUUCAUGUUCCUGUGCAUGUUACAUACUUUACCAAGCACUGCACUAACAAUGAGAAGUGAAUUAACCCAUGUGCAUGCCACAACUUUUAUUCCACCACUUGUUAUACCUGAUUUAACCAAGUAAAGCAUAGCCAAUGAGAUUUUGAGAUGCAAUGGACGACUUGCCUGCUGCUCCCUUCUUAAACUUUUGGUCACAGCAGCAUAUGCCCAAGAAAGACAAUCAGCAUCAGCAUCAUCAUCGCUUUAUAUUCAAAUAAAAUAGAGUUGGAUUUACUCAUCAUAUUAUUAUUAUCGUGCUACACACAAACCAAAUGCACUUUAUGUACAUUCAUGGUCGGGUACCUUUCUUUUCUCUGGCUCCUCUACGCUUCUGUAGCAGGAGAUCUGCUUAAUCACUUAUUUGUCUAAUCUGGCUGGAGCAGGAGCAUGACGAUUUUAGAUGUUCAGUAAGAAUUCUUUGUGACUGGGUCAAGCCAAUAAAAUGACAAACUCUUAGGUUGUCAGUAAUAUCGGGUUCGAGUGAAAUCAGUAAAUUAGAGCGUUACAUUUUUUUACACGGUGUAAUUGGUACUUGUUACACGCAAUUAGUGUCGUCCAGUAAAAAGUUCGUUAACAUCCACCCACCAACCACUAACUAUCAGCAUUACGUGUACUGGAAUAAAUAAACAAAUGAAUACGGUGCCUGGUUAAUAUUGAGUGGUGAAGCUAUUUAUUAGUAUGGUUCGUCGGUGAAAAGCAAGCGUGCACUUUCUCUCCCAAAAAUGUCUCACCAGGGGUCGAGUCAAACUCCCAGCACAGAAUUUCGACACCCAAUGACCAUGUCGGUCAACCCGAAUGCCAUAAAUGUAGGAGGACAACCACAAAAUCCGGGACUUUCUGUGGCCCCACUGCCAACGCACAGCGGCUCACAUUCCAGUUCCAGCAGUACGAGCAGUGCAAAUGAUCUCACUGUGAAACCCGUUCGUCCCACGGACGUGUCCCGGCUAACCCAUCCCGACCUGGUCACGCGAGUGAGAAAGCUCGAAUCCGACCUAAUCAAAUUAGCAUCAGACCACAAUCACAUGAUCAGAGAGGCAAAUCACCGGAUCCAGGGUCAAACUGUAGAAAUUGCUCAAAUGCGAACGACCAUUGCCCGACUUGAAGAGGACAACGCGGAACUACGCGACCUUUGCUGCUUUCUUGAUGAUGAUCGACAAAAAGGUCGCAAGUUGGCGAGGGAAUGGCAACGAUUUGGGCGAUACACGGCCUCCGUGAUGCGACAAGAAGUGGCUGCAUAUCAAUCCAAACUUAGAGAUCUAGACUUGAAGCAACACCAAUUGGUCACGGACAACCAGGAGCUAAAAGAGUUGUGUCUCUACUUGGACGAGGAGCGGUCCCAAAAUUCGUGUGGGCAAUGUGGGGCUGCAUUCCGCCGAGAUGACGGGGACGGGAGCAGCUCGACCAACCCCACGGAAGAUUACCAUCAAUGCAAUCUCACCAACGACUCGACCCUCAGCAAUAAUUCGUCCUCCAGCAGCACACAAGGAAAUCUCUUGGAUCGGGAGGACUUUACCCGAGAAAGAAAUCUCAGCAGUCAAAUUGUGGAGUAUGUGAAAAGGCUGGAAACUCGGGUUAACGAGCUGGAAAAACAGGAAACCGUCAACUGUCCUGAAUCUGUCCUAAACGCAUUGCAAGUAUUGCAAGUGUGCCAAGGGCUCGAAGACAACGACAUUGGUGACCAGGAGAAAGCACUCGUGCGACAAAUGUGCAAUGUUGUUUGGAAAAAGUUAGAAGACAAUCCGAAACUUUGAUCCAUUUUUCAUCCGUAUUAAAGGAGGUACGAAGGAAGAUGUACAAAAUAUUUCAUCAGUCGUUUACAUGAGGACAAAAGGUGUUUGGAAAUAUCGAGCUGUUUCCUCUUUGACUAAAUAUAUCUGGCUAAUUGUAUCAUAAUUGUUGUCAGUAUUUAUUAUUGGAAUGCAUGUAGCAUUGCAGGAAUACACCUACACACAUAUAUGCAUACAUGCAAGUAUAUGUAUAUGUUAUGUACUUGUACAUGUUCAGACGAGAGUAGUAUUAGUAAUUAGUAUACAUACAUGGGAGUAAAUGCCUACUUAUAUGAUUGCAAAAUUAUUGCCCGAUGAAAUAUUAACCUAACUUUGUUAGAUAAGCUCGUAUUUUUGUAUUGACUGUCAGUGCGUUAUAUAAAUAAGCACCGACAAUGUUGUCGGUCAGCGGAUAAAAACUGA